ACGUUCGCGCUUCGACAUGGUAAGCGUCGGUUCGAAAGAUAACUCUUGAAGAAGCGCGUGAGCUGAUAUCGGAAGAGCAUUAGCACAAUAGACUUCAUCAGCCUGGGAUCCAAGUUUAGCCUGGAGAAUGUCCAAAGAGAACAAGUUUGAUGUAGGAGAUGUAAUCUCUGCCAAAUGGCCAGGAAGUAAGACUUACUACCCAGCCACCAUUGUGGGGAAAACAAAAUACCGAUAUUCUGUUGAAUUUAAGGAUGGAACUAAAAGUACACUUAGCUUAGACAGUGUUCAGGCACAAAAUAGUCCACCAAAAAGAACCAGUCGCUCUCCAGCCCGUCGACAAUCUCCAAAAAAGAGUCCAAAAUCUCGGAGUCGUAGCAGAGGUCGUCAGAGUCCCUCCAGAUCUCGGUCUCCUUCAAGGUCAAAAAACAAGAAGGAGAUAGUGUCGAAGGGAGAUACUGAGAUUAAUCAGAUUAACCCUUCUAAAACCCCACCACGCAGUCCAGCCCGAGUACGAAAGAUAAUGAAAAUAGCAGAAGUAAAGGUGGAGCCGAUGCCUACUUCAAUUCAGUACCUCGAUAAAAUGAAGGACGAACACGAACCUAGUCCAAGUCGAGAUGUUGGUAAAACAUCUGAAGUAAUUCCUCCCCUUCGAGCGUCAGUUAGAAUAGCUGCCUUACAGGCAUCCAAGGUUGUAGUUGAAGCCACUGAGAUCAGGAGCAAUAGUGAAUCUAAAACUGCAUCAGUCAAACCUGUUGAAGAUGAUGAUGAUGAUGAUGAUGACAACAGCACUCUUAAACCAUCAAAGAAGUAUGAGAUGGGAGGUCCAAUAGGUGCUUUUCUGAUGUCUUUUCUACUUCCUGCUUUAUGUGUAUUCAUUCAUUUGGCAUGUACCAAUUCCAGUUGUACCAUAAAGCAACUUCCUGCCUUUCCGAAGAGGUUGUCGAAGUAUGUCAGCAGAGAUACAGCUGUGAUUUAUGUUGGCUGGAUUUUAUUCCAGGCUAUUUUAACAGCAUUACCUGUUGGGAAAGUUGUAGAGGGGCUGCCAGUACGGUGGAAGAAUGGCUUCUCCAAGCUGAAAUAUCGGAUGAAUGGUAUUACUGUUAUCUUUGUAAUUGUUUAG